UGUUGCCACUAUUAAAGUUCCAACCAUCGUAUUUAAUGUAUUUUGUUAGAAUAUUUUUUAAAUUGUUAUAAAAGCGUUCUGCAUUUUUACAGUUGUUAUAAAACUGUUUUGCAGGGACUGCUGGUUCAGGGAAAACAACUGUUGCCAGAACAACAUGCAGAGAAUUGGAAAAGCCACCGCAUGUCGUAGAUUGUAUAGAAGUACAGUGUAAACACUUGAAAGGUAAGAGGGUGGAAACAUUGCAGAAGUAUAUGUCUCAGUGGCUGAGGGAGUGCAUAUACUACCAGUCAUCAGUUCUCAUAUUUGAUGAUUUGGAUUCAAUUGCCGAUAUCGGAAGUUCAGCUCCAGGGCAACCAGUAUCUGAAGAAGAUUACUACUAUACUAGAGUUGGUGAAAAACUAAAUGAACUUCUAGAAGAGUUCCAGUUGUCAAAUUGUGUAUCAAUCAUAGCUACAGCACCAUCUGUUUUAAAAGUCAACUCCUCCCUGGUAGCACCACGUGGUUGGCACAUUUUCAAAACUGUGUUGGAAAUUCCAGAUUUGAAUAAGAUCACCAUGCAGACAAAAGUUGUAUCACAGUUGGGCGCUGAGGUCCGUUCUUGGUCUACUCUGUCCACUGUAACGAGCUUUGAUGCAGGCAGCACACUUGCUGUGGGCAUGAUGGAUAAUGGCCUGGCUCUACAAGGCAUUAGUCAUUUCACUCCAGUAAGCCUCCUAAUACAGUCACUUGUUAAGCAGUUGUGCAAGUUACUGGGAAAUACUCCAGGGCAGCAGCAGAAGCUCUACACUGCCAUCUGCCACAAACUGCAUCAAAUGAACCUCAUUGACCAGUCGUAUAAUGUGGAGGAGUUUGAGUUUAUGCGGAGUCACUACCAGAAGGCUCUGUUUCAUCUGCUCAGUGUUGCUAAAUCUGUGACAGAUGCCAGUGAAAAUGAAACAAAUGUCUUGCUUCAGUUCCCCAGGUAUAACAUUGGAAUAUCAGAUUCGCCAUUCACAUGUGACUGGUCUCGCUAUAGUACUGAGUAUGAACAGUUGGAAUUCAUUGCACGUGGUGGCUUUGGUCGAGUGUACAAAGUCAGAAACAAACUGGAUGGAGUGGAAUAUGCUGUCAAAAAAAUCUGUCUCCAAUACCACAGUAUUACUGGGUUUCUACUCAGCUUACGUGAAGUGAAGAUGUUAGCAAAGUUGAACCACCCUAACAUUGUGUCCUACAAAGCUGCAUGGUUGGAACCCAUGACUAUCACUCCUAGCAGUCAAGUUGCAGAGGAAGAUGGCAGUGAUAAAAGUGAUAAUAUGUUUCUGCACACACACGCAGCUGGAGAAAGCAGAAAAUUUUGUCAUCAUAGUACUGAGGAUUCAGGCAGUAUUGUGUUCAAGCGCAGUGCAUCCAGAGAGAGAACAGGACUUGGUGACAGUAGUGCAAGUGUUAGUACUGGUAAUCCAAAUGAAGACAAUAAUAACCAAGAAGUCAUUGCUAGUGAUUGCAAUGAAAAUGUGUGCACAGUUAGCCAGCAGUAUAAAGCAGUAUCAGCAACUCAAUCAUACAGACAUGUAAGGUGCAGUAGUGGCUAUCAGGGUCAGACUUCAGCAGACACACUAUGCAUGAAGAAGCAAGUGUGCCAGAGAAAGAUAAUAAAUAUUAAGACUUCCAAUGAAUUUACUUCUUCAACAGAUGAGAGCAAUGUGUCAGUGAACAAAGUUAUGAUGAAAUACCAGGAAGCCAGACAAAUUGCCAAUCUCACAAAGACUGAAAACCCAUCCAUUCACUGUGAAUCAGCCAUGUUAUAUGUACAAAUGCAGCUGUGUGAGCGAACAUUGCGGCAGUGGCUGGACAUUAGGAACGCAGAGGAACCUACUGUGGUGGAUAUGAAGCAGAAUGUUGCCAUAUUCCAGCAGAUUGUGAGUGGUGUGUGCUACAUUCAUUCUCAGAGCAUUGUGCACCAUGAUAUUAAACCUAGCAAUAUCUUUGUGAACCAUAAUCUGAGUCAGGUUCAGGUGGGAGACUUUGGCCUUGCAUGUUGUCUGCAGCACUGUUCAGAUGACGUGACACUGAUGAUGCAGCCCUCAUCUGAGCACCCACUCAAGCACAAGGGAGAGAUAGGGACCAAGCUGUAUGCAGCCCCAGAGCAACUAAAAGGGAAGUGCGAUUCAAAGAGUGACAUGUACAGCCUGGGCAUCAUCUUGUUUGAGCUGCUGCAACCUUUCAGUACAGACAUGGAGCGCUGCAAGCUUAUCACGCGUCUCAGAACUGGACAUGUUCCCCCUGAGCUUGCCAUGACAGCACCAAAACUGGCCCAGUUGAUUGGUCGUCUUGUGUCUUCUUCGCCUGCAGAUCGACCAUCUGCCGAUGAGCUUCAGUUGAUGCUUGUGCCACUAAUAAAGGAAACAAAUGACAUUGCUGAAUGUGUAGACAGUAAAAAUAAGACAAUUCAACACCUGCUUGCAGUAAUAAAGAAGCAGGAUCGUGAGCUUGAGGAGCUGCGGCAGAAGCUUCAAGAACUGCAGACUAUAACAGCAGGAAAGUGAUGUCUGCUUUCCAUUAGAUUGACAAGACUGGGUAUUUCACAGUGUAUGUAGCAUGGAACCUGAAUUGUCAUUUCAACUCAGGUGUGGAAGCCUGUGUACCACAAAAUAUUGUAUUAAGUGAGGAUACGUCUUUCAUAUACUGGUCUUGUAAUUUGUUGUAUUUCAUGUGUACUUAAGAGACCACAGUUUUAUUCCUGUCGUAUGAUUUUUAUUUGUUAUUUGCAUUCAUUUGCCUAGUAAGUUGUGUGUUUAUAAUACCAGGUAUCCAUAAAUUAAACACAAUUUGAAGUACA